UUGGUCUAAUAUUAUCGACAAUUUUUUAUUUUUAAUCUAAUCCACUCCAUUUUUUCACAAAAUUAAAGCAUAACACAACAAAGGGCAUUUUAUCUUUUUAUUUCUUUUUUUUUUUUGUCCAAGUUGCGAUUUUUUUGUCUACCACACUUCCUCUUUUCUCUCGUAGUUCGUCUUCUUGAAGAUGGCAACAUGUCCACUUGGCUUUCACGGCUUAUGCAGUCUUUUCUGGGGCGUAUAAAUACCAAUAUGUUAUUUAUUCUCCCUCGGAUCCUCAGAAUUUCAUGUCCUCUUUGUGUUUGAAAAUUUUCCCGAGUAUUAUUAACAAAUAUAUAGUCAAUAAUUAACUUUCAUGUGAUCAACUCCGAACCUCGUCCGCUAUCGAAUUAAUAGAAGACUUAGUUUUGUUUCGUUGCUUAACAGAGAAAAAGAAGCACAACAUGGAGAAGGCAAAGCAGAUGAGUGAGUUGUCAUCUUCAUUUACUGCAGUUCUCUUCGGGCCAAAUGACUCCUCAAAACCCUCGUCGUCGGGCUUUGUUGAAUCUAUUUUUGGCCCGAAUAACAAAUAUGGAAAUUCAGAUCAUAUGUCCCAGAGAAGCAAGGAAAGCUUUAAUAAGAAAGAAAUGAGUUCCAUUCCAUACCACUACAACUCAUCCAUCUACUAUGGUGCCCAAGAUGUUUAUUCUCCAACAAGUCAAAAUACUAUUCCUCAGCAUAAUACUUUCAAUAAAGAUGCAGGAGAUUUUGCUUCAAGAGGAAAUUGGUGGAAGGGAUCCCUCUAUUACUAAUGGCUUCUCUUUGUUGUAUAUGUCUGUAGCAGAUGAGAGGGUAUUUAGUAAACAGCUACUUUUAUUGGAGGUUUUUGCUCGAUUCAAUGUAGCCUAAUUUAGAUA